AUCCUUCACAUCUUAAAUAUCAAAUUCCCCCCCCCCACCCUUCCUCUUUUCUGAAUUUUUAAGGGCGUCCUGGUGUGAACCAUGAUUCGGAUCAAACUGUUUCAUCCUGGUUUGUUUUUAAAGUGCCCGAAACUUUUGAAACUCUGGCCUGACUCGGUGUCUCUGCCUUCUCUUCUUUCCCAACGGGGGGUCUCCUUCCCAGGACAUGACCAUCAACGAAGUGGUCUCUUCGCUACUAAGGGUGGAGGAGACGUUCUCUGCGCAUCUCGCACGGAUCAACGCUCUAGUUCUCAAGCCCCUUCUGCAAGCAGGCUCUUUGGAGAAUGUAAAGUUCUUUGUCCUGUUAAACGAACACUUCCAAGCGAUCUGGCAUCUGACGGAGGGGAACUACAGGACGCUAAAGGAGACGUACAGCACUUCCGAAUCCAUUGGUGUCCCCGAUGUGUAUCUCGUUUGCAAAGUGGACUCGUUCCUGAAUGCUUAUGUCCAGUGA